AUGGAUCUCUUCUCCUCCGUCUCUGCCCUCUUCAGAAUGACUGACAAGAUGGUGAUCAUGCAUCAGCAGCUGUCCGCCGCUGAAUAUACUAUCCCUCGCUUCUGCGUUAACGGUACCAAACUAAAGACUGAGGAUAAUUUAAACUGCCUAGGCGGCACAAUGUCUCGUUGCAUCAGAAUGGACGACGAAGUGGAUCACCGGAUCGCUAAAUCCAGCCAGGCUCUCAGACGGUUUCAGAACUCUGUGUGGAAUCGUCGCGGUCUCCAAAUGGAUACCAAAUUGAAGAUAUACAAUGCCGUCGUCCUGACAACACUUCGAUACAGACAGAAGACCUGGAGCUUCUACUCCAGCCAUACCAAGAAGUCAACUACUUCCACCUUAACUGCCUUCUCAGAAUAUUAA